UUAAUUUCUGUUUUAUUGAAAUAAUUAACGAGACACGACACCGGACCGAUUUCUUUGUUCCAAUUUCCAAAAAUCGACCCCGAAGAACAACAACAAUGGAGGCAAUCGAGGGGGACAGAGGAAGAAGCCGGUACUCACUCAAACCAUCGAGGAUAAGCAACGAGGACAUUCUCUUCUGCAUAGAUGUCGACUCUGAAUCUUCGAUUGAGAUCAAAACCACCGGCUCCAAUGGCCGACCCAUCACCAGAAUGGACUCCAUUAAGCAAGCAAUCCUCCUCUUCGUCCACGCCAAACUCUCCAUCAAUCCUGAACACCGAUUCGCAUUCACCACCAUCGCCAAAUCUGCUAUUUGGCUCAAAAAAGAGUUCAGCAGUGAUAUUCCAUCUACAGAGGCUGCAGUUAGGGGGCUUUCUGCUACUUCCUCCUGCAGUCAUGCCGAUCUUACCAGUCUUUUCCGGUUAGCUGCCCACGAAGCAAAAAAGUCGACCGCUCAAAAUCGUAUUCUAAGAUUGAUUCUUAUCUACUGCAGAUCAUCGACACGACCCCAACAUCAAUGGCCCGUGAACCAAAAACUCUUCACCUUAGAUGUUAUUUACCUCCACGAGAAGCCCGGACCCGACAACUGCCCCCAGGAGGUGUAUGAUGCCUUAGUCGAUGCCCUCGACCAUGUCAGCCAAUAUGAAGGCUACAUUUUCGAGAGUGGUCAGGGAGUAGCACGCGUUCUUUACCGUUGCAUGUGUCUGUUGUUAUCACACCCUCGACAACGAAUUUCGCUAGAUGAUCUCGACAUACCAAAGCCUCUUACAAAGAAAUUACCACCCACCGAUUCAGUUCCUACCAACGAAGUCGUCCCUGUUACCAGCCAGUGAAAUGCCUAGGGGCUAGGUGAUCUUGUAGCUUAAUUGUACCUCGUGUUCGAUAUCUUUUUUGUAACAGAUUUAAGUGAUGUGCAAUGUACAUAGGAAAUGUUUACGACGAGAGAGACGACCACGUCCGUGGAAUGGUAUCAAAAUCAUCUUUGUAUGCUUA